CUUCUAACACCAAUUCGAGCAAUGAAGCAAUGCGCCUGAAUUUGCUCCCCCAAACCGCCUCCAGUCCACUCCCGCCGUCCCUUGGCCAUAUAUGUUAUGUUGGGCCCUCAAUUUGUUUUUCCAUUCUAUUCUCUCCGAUUUGAUUAUCAAAAAGGCUUUACAUGGGAUUCAUAAGGGACAAACGGAAUUCAUCUUCUUCAACGACGACUUCUCCUUGUGCCGAUCUCAGAGCUGCGUAUAAUAAUUGCUUCAACAAGUGGUAUUCUGACAAGUUCUUGAAGGGACAUUGGGAUAAAGAAGAAUGUGUUUCCGAGUGGGACAAGUACAGAGAUUGUUUAUCUAAACAUCUGGAAGACAAGAAUUUGAGUCGCUUUCUGGAAGCUGAAGGAGUGAAGAGAAUACCUGCUCCUAUUGCUAAAUGAUUCAUGCUUGUUUUUAUAUGAAGUGGUAUGGCAAAAUGCUGACUGACUGGAUCUUAGAAACCAUCUUUUUGUCCAAAAACUGAUUGUGUUCUUACAUUUAAUGGUGCUUAUGCUUCUCAUGGAUUGUAGGGUCUGAGUAGUUAGGUUGUGUUUGAUAAGCAGGACAUGUGACACUGAUAGAAAAUGUUAUACUGUUUUUGGCCUGAAAUUGAGACUCAUUUUGUUGCAAAUAUAAAAUUUUAUAAUUGUUAGGAUUCCUUUUUA